AUGCUGAGUGCAGCAGAAGGCAUCCUCCUUUCUAUUGCAACUGUUCAAGCCAGUAUGGGAGUUUUAGGGAACACAUUUAUUGCAAUUAUAAACUGCAUGAACUGGGCCAAGAACAAGAAGCUCUCUAAGAUUGGAUUCCUUCUCAUUGGUUUGGCAACUUCCAGGAUUUUUAUUAUAUGGAUAUUAACUUUAGAUGCAUAUGCAAAACUGUUCUACCAAAGUAAGUAUUUGUCUGACCUUCCCACUGAAAUUGUCUCUUAUAUAUGGAUGACUGUGAAUCACCUGAAUGUCUGGUUCGCCACCAGUCUCAGCAUCUUCUAUUUCCUGAAGAUAGGAAAUUUUUCCCACUGUAUAUUUCUCUGGUUGAAGAGGAGAACUGAUAAAGUUUUUGUCAUUCUGAUGGGGUGUUUGCUAAUUUCUUGGGUAAUCUCUUUCUCAUUUGCUGUGAAGGUGAUGAAGAACAAUAAAGUGAAUCAUAGAAACAGGACCUCAGAGACGAACUGGAAGAAAAGAGAAUUCUCAGUGAACUAUAUUUUAAUCAAUAUUGGAAUCAUUUCUCUCCUUACGAUGACCUUAACUGCCUGUUUCUUGUUGAUUAUUUCACUUUGGAGACACAGCAGGCAGAUGCAGUCUAAUGUUUCAGGAUUCAGAGACCUUAACACAGAAGUUCAUGUGAAAGCCAUAAAAUUUUUAACUUCAUUUAUCAUCCUUUUCAUAUUGUAUUUUAUAGGUGUUUCAAUAGAAAUUAUCUGCCUGUUUAUCCCAGAAAACAAACUGCUAUUUACUUUUGGUUUCACAACUGCAUCUGUAUAUCCCUGCUGUCAUUCAUUUAUUCUAAUUGUAACAAACAGCCAGUUGAAACAAGCCUUGGUAAAGGUACUGCAGGGAUUAAAGUUCUCUGAGAAAGGAAAAUAUCUAAGGGCCACAUGGCUCUGGAACAGAAAUGGUUAG